CUCAACUGAGCACGCACUGGAUGUUGGGAUUCUGCAGGCUCGGGAAAACGCCAUCUUUAAACCCCAGAAGAAAUCACAGUUGAGCGCCGGGGAUCAACGACACACUGUGCUUGCGUUGGGUUACAAUUUUGCGGGCAUCAUCAUGAUCAGUUUGUUGACCAGCGAAACAAAUACUCAACCAGGCCACGUUGUAUGGUCUUAAAAUUGUACUAUCAGAAGGCUAACAUCAACAACAAUACUAGCUAGACUGAAAGACAACGGACGAGUAAUCAAGGCGUUGUUAUUGCUUGUUUCCAUUGGUGGCUUGUUAGCUAGCUUGCUAACCUGUCUUGAAGGCGGUUUGACAUUCACAUUACGUUGUUUUAAAAGGCUUGAUUUGGGACUCGACUGUGUGGCUGCAGUUUUAGUCCCGACUUCACUCCUCCCCAGCGGCCCAGCCGGAGAUGCGUGGAAGAUGUCGGUUUCGGGGCUGAAGGCCGAACUGAAGUUUCUAGAGUCCAUUUUUGAUCCAAACCACGAACGAUUCAGAAUUAUUGACUGGAAGCCGGAUGAGCUAAACUGUCAGUUUAAUGUGACUGGAGAAAAACUGUUGAUUAUACAUUGCAACAUUACGGAAUCGUACCCCUCCACACCUCCAAUCUGGUUUGUGGACUCUGAUGACCCGAGCCUGACACAAGUGUUGGAGCGCCUGGAGGAUGUCAGAAAGGGCAGCACCCUGCUCCUGCAGCAGCUAAAGCGGCUCAUCUGUGACCUCUGUCGGCUGUACAACCUGCCCCAGCACCCAGAUGUAGAGAUGCUGGACCAGCCCCUCCCUGCCGGCCCUGUAGGGCAAGACCGAAAGCAUGGGGUCACAGACGAGGUCACGUCCGAAGAGGAGGAAGAAGAGGAAAUGGGAGAGGACAUUGAAGACCUGGACCACUAUGAGAUGAAAGAGGAGGAGCCAGUGGAUGGGAAGAAGUCUGAGGAUGACGGCAUCGAGAAGGAGAACCUGGCCAUCCUGGAGAAGAUUCGCAAGAACCAGAGGCAGGACCACUUGAACGUAAGUGCUCAUUCGGGUGCGGUGUCUGGUUCAGUGCAGGCCUCAGACCGCCUCAUGAAGGAGCUCCGGGAGAUAUACCGGUCCCAGAGUUACAAGAUGGGUAUCUAUUCAGUGGAGCUGGUCAAUGACAGCCUGUAUGAAUGGCACGUCAAGCUGAGAACCGUAGAUCCAGACAGUCCCCUACACAGUGACCUGCAGGUUUUAAAGGAAAAGGAGGGAAUGGAUUACAUUCUGCUAAACUUCUCAUAUAAAGAUAAUUUCCCCUUUGAUCCACCAUUUGUACGGGUGGCUUCUCCUGUGCUGUCUGGAGGUUAUGUUCUUGGAGGGGGUGCCCUGUGCAUGGAGCUUCUCACAAAACAGGGCUGGAGCAGUGCCUAUUCCAUAGAGUCUGUAAUCAUGCAGAUCAACGCCACUUUAGUCAAGGGAAAAGCCAGAGUGCAGUUUGGAGCCAAUAAGAACCAAUACAAUCUUGCCAGAGCACAGCAGUCAUACAAAUCCCUGGUCCAGAUCCAUGAAAAGAACGGCUGGUACACUCCCCCUAAGGAGGAUGGUUAAGAGGACCGUUGCCAUGCCUCCACUGGGACCACAUGUCUUAGGAGCACCCCCCCGCCCUUACUUUUAUUUUCCCUCUCUAACUGGAGUUUGUUUUCAUUGGGAGUUUGAUCCCCAUUCUGUUACCAUGAGAACCAACCAACCAAUGGUUAAAACCCCUCGCUGACCAACCACCUUAUCCACUUUGCAAUAGGGGAUCCACCCUCUCGCUAUUUAUCUUUCUCUCACUUGUGCAAUCGCUCCCUCUGUGUUCUUCCUCUGUUACAAUCUCACCCCUAAUCCCCUGAGCAUUGAAUUAGCUCCACAUCUUGUGCAACUCCCUUAAAUCCUACUCUGGGCAAGCAAAGAAGAGCUUACUUACUGCCUGUGAUUUCGGGUCAAGGUUGAGGCAUGGCUUUUGCUAGUGACUGAAGCCCUCCGUCAGUCGCAUGACGGGCUGAGAUUCUCCGGCCACAGACUGGAACAGAGAAUGACAGGUGACAUUCCCCUUGUGACAGUGGAGGCUGGGAUGGACAAUGACACGCUGGAAGUGGGAAUGAGCACCACCUCACUCCCCAUGGAUGGCCUCUGUCAUAUCUGUGCUUAUGUAUCUAUCUGUAUAUUGCCAAGAUUCCUCCUUCUGGAAUAACAUGUCCUCCUAAAGCUAGCUUCCUUAAACAACGCCUGGUCUACAAAAGCCAAAGACCCUGAAUGGAGAGAGGAGAGCUAAAAAACUCCUGACCAAUGUGGGACUGAGACGGCUUAAUGGAGGAUAUCCUGUUGAGCACAAGAGGUGGAGGCCGCCUCCACCCAGCCCAAUCUCUCAGGCUGCUUUUGGAAAUAUGACCAGGCUUAGCAAAGGCAGGUUGGAUUGAAUCACUGUAAUGUAGUUGAAUUGAACUCCAUGUAAAACUUGUAAAGUUGAUUGAAUUGUUUUUAACGUACAUUUGUGUGGGUUUUGUGGUUCGAGCGGGCGGAGACUGGGGGCAUCAAUUUCUCAAGGUGUAUUUCAGAUGUAGGAUAACAAAGCAUUUGCUUCAUGGAUACUCUUGCAGAAGUUAAAAGGAACACCUUUAAACCAUGUUUUUAUGUUAGCAUAAUGACUACUAUUGUUUUUUGUUUUCCUGUAUAAAUUGAAAUACUUUUAUUUGUGGUUUCAUAUGUUCAAAAGUGACACACCAUUCCUUUUACUCAAUGACACAGUGGUGGUUUUGGGGCUUUCCAAAUAUGCUGGCUAAUUUCCCCGGUGACCCAAACUUGAUGAACCUUUCAGUAAGGCUCUGCACACAAUCAUUGAGGUAAUAUGUACCCACAAUAAUUUGAAAACGGCUCAGUGCAGUCCCCUGCCUAAUUUGAAUCCAUGGUCUAACUAGCUUGUUCACACUCCCAGAUCGCCCAUCCAUGGUCUAACUAGCUUUUUCACACUCCCAGAUCGCCCAUCCAUGGUCUAACUAGCUUGUUCACACUCCCAGAUCGCCCAUCCAUGGUCUAACUAGCUUGUUCACACUCCCAGAUCGCCCGUCCAUGGUCUAACUAGCUUUUUCACACUCCCAGAUCGCCCAUCCAUGGUCUAACUAGCUUGUUCACACUCCCAGAUCGCCCGUCCAUGGUCUAACUAGCUUGUUCACACUCCCAGAUCGCCCAUCCAUGGUCUAACUAGCUUGUUCACACUCCCAGAUCGCCCAUCCAUGGUCUAACUAGCUUGUUCACACUCCCAGAUCGCCCAUCCAUGGUCUAACUAGCUUGUUCACACUCCCAGAUCGCCCAUCCAUGGUCUAACUAGCUUGUUCACAUUCCCAGAUCGCCCAUCCAUGCCUCGGCUGCAGUGGACUUCACUUCAUACCACAUGCUCAAUAAUCAAAUAUUUGUUGAUUAAAAAAAAUAUUUUCAGGUCUGACUGUAAGAUGUGUGUAGUAAUGCCUUCAACAAAAGACAGGCCCACUCAUUUCCAUCCUUUGCCUCCCCUCUCUGGUACCUUGUUUUCUAUCUGAUUAUUCACUUAUGACCUCAUGAUCUUGGUUGUCAGUGAUGGAAGGAACUUUUUCAGGGGAACCCCUAACUCAUGACCAUCCUCAGCACUGUCAAACCUGGAGCAUGCCAAGUCUUAGCUAUUUGAGUAAUAUGCAGAAUAUUGUGUGACGCAUUUGAUUUAAUGUUAUUGCACACAUUAAUGGUUUCUUUUUGUGUGGGUAUUAUCCACGUUGUUAGAAGUACAUUGUCGCAAAAACCAGCAUAGGAACCAGCUUGUUCCUAGUAAAUAUUCUGCUUUUCACCCAUGUGAAAUAUACUAAUAAUGUGUAAUUAAGCUCCAUCUACCUUGUAUUUGUUGUAAAGUCAGCCACCCCACCUGUACAACACCAUGCAUCACGUUAUGUCAAAAAUGGUGGCACUGAAGACUCAUUUAGAGGUUUAUUACUAUUCACCCAAUAUGGUGACUGACUUUAUUACCAAAUAUGUCUACUACACAUGGAUAACCGUUGAUCGUUGUCAUAGCCGUUAGGUAUUGGUAUCAAGUGUGCCACAGCUUUCCCACAUGGCUGACCUCAUUGUGAACAUGCCCCGGCUAGAAACUCCAUCCCUGUGUUCUCUGGAGAAGCAAACUCAGGAAUACAUAGCUACUGCACACUUGACUUAACAAGAUGCAAGUUUUUUAGUUUUUUUUAUAAUUAUUGUUUACUUCCAAAUUUAAUUUCCCCUCCUAUAAUUACAGUAACCAUUGGCUUGCGAUCUCUCCAUUUGGCUUGUCUAUCUUUUUAAAGUAGUCACUGGUAAGACUGUGGUAACAGGGUGUAGUGGAGUGAUGAGGUGGGAGGGACAUAGGCCCCACAUAUCUCAUUCAAUCCCUCAGAUCAGUUUUGUGAUGCAGAAAGGUGAACCAACGCUUUACCUCACCCAUUUAAGCUCAUUGUCUUGGGUCGUUGUUUCUAAUCUAGGACAUCAUCGUGAUCCUGUACCUCCUGGUUUUGUAGUGUUUUGCAUGUAGAUAUCUCAGAAAUUACUUUCACUCUAGGGACUAGGGUGUGUGUGGGGACUGGACAGUUUUGAUUUGUCAGGUUGGAUCAUUUUAUAUUAGCUUGCAGAGGUCGGUAGAUGCUGUCUCUGUAAACCCCAUCUCUGGGAACAGAUUAUUUUUUAUACAUUCAUGUAGGACAGACUCUCACCAGAUUAGUUCUAAAGGAUACCAAUUGCAAAAAUGCUGUCUCCAACAGUUAUGGGCGUCCCACCCAUGUGUUAGAAGUAUGAGAUAUAAAACUAAUGGACUACUAUACUAUUCUGUCCACCCCAGAGCAGUACUCCAACUCUUACUGUUUAAAUCACUGUGCCAUCAGAGCAGACGUCAAAUGGGCUUUUAACUCCGUGGAAGGCCGCAUGUCUGUUCUAAUGUCAGGUGUGCAGUGAAUUACAGCUCUCUUAUACAGAUCCAGACCAGUUGUCUGACUAACAGCCCAGUGCGUUGGGAGAUUUUGGUUUGAGACCUGAAACUAAUUAUUGGUUCCUUUUUUUUUCUGGCUUCAUUUUGUGAUUGGCGAUUGAGCGGGUUAUGAAGUUAUGCACUGUUAGCAUGCUUUGGUUUUAUUUUGUUUUUCAUUGCAAGGGUCAUUUUGACCAUGUACAGUAAUUUGUAAACUUGCAUCAAGUUUAUGAAUAAAGGAUUUUAUUAAAUA